AUGGGAACUUCUGGCGAACCUUCAAAGCUCCACAUCUUCCUCUUCCCUUACAUGGCUCAUGGCCACAUGAUACCAACUCUUGACAUGGCCAAGCUCUUUGCCACCAAAGGAGCCAAAUCCACUAUCCUAACGACACCUCUCAACGCCAACAUCCUCGAGAAACCCAUCAAAUCAUUCAACCAGGACAACCCUGGACUCGAAGACAUCACUAUCCAUAUCCUAGAUUUCCCUUGCACAGAGCUAGGUUUGCCCCAAGGAUGCGAGAACACCGAUUUCUUCUUCUCUAAUCCUGACCUAAACACAGGUGACUUGAACCGAAAGUUUUUAUUUUCAAUGGAAUAUUUCAAAGAGCAGUUAGAGCAGCUUCUUGAGACAGUGAGACCAGACUGUCUUGUCGCCAAUAUGUUCCUCCCUUGGGCGACUAAAGUCGCUGAGAAACUCCACAAGCCUUACGAGAAAGUUGCUUCGAGUUCUGAGCCCUUUGUGAUCCCUGAACUCCCGGGAGAUAUUGUGAUCACAGAGGAACAGGUUAUAGAGAAAGAAGAAGAGUCUUUGAUGGGGAAGUUUAUGAAGGAACUGAGAGAUUCAGAGAGAAGUAGCUUUGGUGUGUUGGUGAACAGCUUCCACGAGCUUGAACCUGCCUACUCCGAUUUUUACAAGAGUUCUGUGGCCAAAAGGGCUUGGAGUAUCGGUCCGCUUUCUUUAGGGAACAGAGAGUUCAAGGAGAAAGCAGAGAGGGGUAAAAAGGCUAGCAUCGAUGAGCAUGAAUGUUUGAAAUGGCUUGAUUCCAAAAAACGUGAAUCAGUGAUUUACUUGUCCUUUGGAACUAUGUUGAGCUUCAACAACGAGCAGCUGAUUGAGAUUGCAGCUGGCUUGGAAAUGUCAGGACAUGAUUUUAUAUGGGUGGUUAACAAAAGUGUAAGCCAAGGUGAGAAGGAAGAGUGGUUACCAGAGGGGUUUGAAGAGAAGACCAAAGGAAGAGGAUUGAUAAUCCGUGGGUGGGCGCCACAAGUGCUGAUACUAGAACACCAAGCAGUUGGAGGGUUUUUGACUCACUGCGGAUGGAACUCACUUCUAGAAGGUGUAGCAUCAGGCUUACCAAUGGUGACAUGGCCCAUUGGAGCCGAGCAGUUCUACAACGAGAAGUUGGUAACACAAGUGUUGAAAACAGGAGUGAGUGUAGGAGUAAAGAAGAUGAUGAAACCUGUUGGAGAUUUCAUUAGCAAAGAGAAAGUGGAGAAAGCUGUAAGGGAAGUGAUGGCUGGAGAAGAGAUGAGGAAACGGGCUAAGCAGUUAGCUGAUAUGGCGAAAGAUGCGGUGAGAGAAGGUGGAUCUUCAGAUAUUGAGGUGAAUAGGUUGAUGGAAGAGCUUAAGUUGGUUAGGUUGCAAAGAGAAGAGGAAAAAAGAAGUUGAUCUUUUUGUCUAAGUUUAGGAACAAAUGUUAUUGAACAACAACAAUGCUUUUGUGCUG